UUGCAUCACUGACAUAUAUCUCGUUACAAAGAUAACAAUGUACUUGACUUGCGUGUCGCGGCUGCUGGUCCUAUUAACAACACUGCAAGUAAACUGUAUUGUUCACUCAGAUGUACAAUUUAAGUCCGACCGCCCCACGUUAGACCUGGACUUUCUCAAGGGCGCCCUUCUUGAGCAGCACAAAGAACUUUGUAACUACGAGUGGAUUGCGAGUGGUCGGGACGAGAGGCCAAAGGCACUUGAGAAAGUCAUUGAUGCAGUCAAAUCUUUGUUAUUUCAGCAUCCUCUGAUCUAUAGAAACAGUUCCUAUGUUAUCUCCAAGUUUCCUUUCCAUAGCUCGGAGGAAGCUAUGAAAUACUGCAAGGCUUUUGGAGGCUACCUGGCAGAAGUCAAUGACAACAACGAGUAUGCGGCGAUUCUAAAUUAUUUGAAGAAUACACCAAGUUCAGAAGAAGUGCUAAUCGCUGGAACUGACUCCAGAAAAGAAGGAACCUGGAAAUUUCAGCGUACCGGCGCAUCUGUGCCAGUUUUAGAUUGGAACAUAAAUCAACCAGACGAUUGGAAGAACAAUGAAGACUGCUUAUCCAUCAUCAAAUCACAAUACUAUAAAAUGAACGAUCUUCCUUGUGAUGGAAGCGCCGCUGGUUACAAUUUUAUGUGUGAACUACCCAAAGUGUACUAACUGACCACUACUCAGGCUAUUUUUUUCAUUUUCUUUACUAAUCGCAUAUUUUAGUUACAAGAUAAAAUGUAAAGAUUUAGGUCUAGUCGUCGGCUUCCUUCACUUGUAACGACUAUGGUUCAUCUCGUAGAAAGCGAAAUGAAAGCCUGGGCAUUGUUAUGUUUGGAAUGAUGUCGCCCACACAGCAGUUUUUUUCUCCCUCCUUGCAGCUUAUGUGAAGAUUUAGUUAUUUUCAUUUAAUCAACCCACAUAGGUAUACCUUUUUAAAUUAAAAUAUGUAUGAGAUUUUCAUAGUAAAGUUUAAACAACAGCGUC